AUGUUAUCAGCUUUCCAAAGAUUAACUGUUACUCAAUCCGCUCCAGUCUUAAGAGCUUCAUUCUCUUCAACUGUUCCAGCUUUCAAAGAUGUUGCCGCCACUUAUAAGGGUUUAACAACUGUCUACUCCUUUUUCAUUUCUGAUUUUUAUAAACAAAACGAAUUAGAAUUUAAAAAUAAGACAUUCGCUGAAAAGAAUGAACUUGUUUCCAAAGCUUGGAAGAACUUAACUCCUUCAGAAAAGUUACCUUAUGAAAAAAAACACUCUGCUGAUAAACAAAGAUAUUUUAAUGAAAAAUCAGCUUAUGAAGCCACUUUACCACCAAAAAGACCAAAAUCUACUUUCCUUGCAUUUGCAGCUGAUAUCAGAGAUUCAAUUGUUAAAGCAAAUCCAACUGCAACUCAACAAGAAAUUGCCGUUCUCUCUGGUAAAGAAUGGAAUGCUUUAGCUGAAUCUAAAAAACAAGCUUAUAAGGAUGUUUACAAUAAGGAACUUGCUGAAUGGAACUCCAAAUACGGUAAACAAGCUACUGCUUAA